UUCAGAAGGAAUAAAGAGUAGAAUAUGGGUGAUACUGAGACUAAGAUGGAGGGAGAAACUAUCUCCAAGAGUGAACUUAAGAGAAGAUUAAAAGCUGAAAAGAAAGCUGCAGAGAAGGUUGAGAAGGAGAAGAAUAAACCUGAACCUGCCAAGGGUUCUGCUAAACCAAAGGUUGCCGAGGAAGAAAUUAGUCCAAACGAAUAUUUCAAACUCAGGUCUGGUGCAAUAGAAGAACUGAAGAGCUCAGGUCCUCAUCCUUAUCCUCACAAGUUUCAUGUUUCUAUUUCUCUUACAAACUUUAUCAGUCAAUAUGAAUCUUUGAAGGACGGAGAAACAUUAACAGAUGUUGAAGUGAGGUUGGCGGGACGAGUUCAUGCUAUCAGAGAAUCUGGAGCUAAACUUAUAUUCUACGAUGUUAGAGGUGAAGAUGUCAAAAUACAGGUUAUGGCGACUGCUAACGCGUAUAAAUCUGAAGCUGAUUUUGCCACUGAUACCGGUAAGCUGAGGCGAGGAGAUAUUAUUGGUAUAGUUGGGAACCCCGGUAGAACUAAGAAGGGAGAACUCUCCGUGAUACCGAAACAGAUAGAGUUGCUUGCUCCCUGUCUUCACAUGCUUCCUCAUCUACACUACGGGAUCAAGGAUAAGGAGACCAGGUACAGGCAGCGAUACCUUGACCUUAUCAUCAACUCCGAGGUGAAGAGGAAGUUCCAGGUCCGAGCUCAGAUUAUCUCCUACAUGAGACGGUUCUUCGACGAGAUGGGUUUCCUUGAGAUAGAAACUCCGAUGAUGAACAUGAUCCCCGGAGGAGCGACCGCUAAACCCUUCAGGACUCACCACAACGACCUAAACAUGGAUCUAUAUAUGCGGGUAGCUCCUGAGUUAUAUCACAAGAUGCUUGUGGUUGGAGGGAUAGAUCGGGUUUACGAGAUCGGAAAGCAGUUUAGAAACGAAGGUAUCGAUAUGACGCACAACCCUGAGUUCACUACCUGCGAGUUCUACAUGGCCUAUGCUGACUACAACGACUUGAUAGAGAUCACCGAGAAGCUUAUGUCCGGGAUGGUGAAGGCAAUCUUUGGAACUUAUUUGGUUGAAUUCCAUCCUGAUGGUCCCGAGGGGGAAGCUAAAAUGAUUGAUUUCACUCCUCCCUUCAAACGUCUCAGAAUGUUCCCCGACCUGGAGCGUAUUCUUGAGUGUAAACUCCCCUCUCCGGAGAACCUUCAUACCGAGGAGGCUAGACUAGCCCUAGACAAGAUCUGUGUCUCUAAAGGUGUUGAAUGUCCUCCUCCAAGAACUGCGGCUAGACUUCUGGAUAAACUUGUCGGAGACUUCCUAGAGGAGACCUGCAUCAACCCAACCUUCAUCACAGAGCACCCUCAGGUUAUGUCUCCACUGGCCAAGUGGCACAGAGCCGAGAAGGGUUUAACUGAAAGGUAUGAACUAUAUUUUAUACCCCUAGGGAAAACAUUAUCAAAAGGAUUAACAACCCUACAUAUGUCUCUAAUGGUUAGGUUUGAGCAGCAGGCUAAGGAUAAGGCUAGUGGGGAUGAUGAAGCAAUGUUCCUUGAUGAAAACUUCUGUACUGCACUAGAGUAUGGGCUUCCACCAACCGGAGGAUGGGGAAUGGGGAUAGACAGAAUGUCCAUGUUCCUGACCGACAGCAACAACAUCAAGGAGGUUCUCUUCUUCCCUGCCAUGAAACCCGAGGAUAAUAAACCCAAGGAGGACGAGAAACCAAAGGAGAACGGAGAAGCAAAGAGCUGAACCUGACUCGUUCAACAUUAGAUUUAAAUAUAUUGUUGAAUUAA